UUAUGGAGAAUUCUGGACCGGUGACCGCGGCGCUGAAAAAAGAGGCAAAAAGCUCCAUUCUGGAAGGAAAUGGAUUCUCAGAAGUGAUAAAGAAACCCGGGGGAUCUUCACAAGGAGCUCCAGCUCACGUCUUCCCCGCGUUUCACGCUCCAUUCCCGAUCGAUGUGAGGCACCAGGAAGGCCGUUAUCGUUACGAGGCGCACGGGAUACACGCCAUCCACGGUCCUCCGAAUCUCAGCGGCAGCCCUGUUAUUUCGGACAUUUCCUUAAUCCGCCUGUCUCCGCACUCCAUGGGAACCUCGGAAUUCGGCCAUAGCCACCACUUCAUGAGCCCCCACAUGGAGCAUUACCUGCGCUCGGUGCACAACAGUCCCACCCUGUCGGUGAUCUCGGCGGCUCGAGGGCUGAGCCCGGCAGAAGCGGCUCACGAGCACUUAAAGGAACGGGGGAUCUUUGGCUUGGCUCCUCCGCCACCUGGCAGCAACCCCGCCGACUACUACCACCAGAUGACCCUCUUGGCCGGCCACCCCAGUCCCUACGGAGAACUCCUGAUGCAGAGCGGAGCAGCGGGCGCUGCCACCCACUUGCACGAUUACCUCACCCCCAUGGACGUGUCGCGGUUUUCGAGUCCGCGUUUGACCCCCAGGCUGAGCCGGAAGCGCGCGCUCUCCAUCUCCCCGCUCUCCGACGCCAGCAUCGACCUGCAGACCAUGAUCCGGACCUCUCCCAACUCCCUGGUGGCGUAUAUCAACAACUCCAGGAGCAGCUCGGCGGCCAGCGGCUCCUACGGGCACUUAUCGGCCGGGGCUAUAAGCCCGGCCUUCGGCUUCACGCACCCCAUUAACCCCGCGGCGUACCAGCAGCUCCUGACCCAGCAGCGUAGCCUGAGCUCUUCCUUUGGACAUGCGCCCCUGAUUCACCCAUCGCCCACCUUCGCAUCGCGCCAGCAGGGGGCGCUCCCGACGGCCAAUCCGGCUCCCGCAGCCAACGGUCAUUCUGCUGCCGACUCCGCGCCGAACAAACCGAGCAGCGAGUCGGCCGUGAGCAGCACCGUCAACCAAGUGAUCCAGAAGCGCCAUAAAGUGAAGACGGAGGAGGAAGCGGAGAGGAGAGACUCACCGAGCCCCCCGGAUCCUCUGACGGAGCUGAAGGAAGACCUGGAUAAGGAUGAAUGCAGGCAGGAGCCGGAGGUCAUUUACGAGACGAACUGCCAUUGGGAUUCGUGCAGGAAGGAGUACGACACGCAGGAGCAGCUUGUACACCACAUCAAUAACGAGCACAUCCACGGGGAGAAGAAGGAGUUCGUGUGUCGCUGGCAGGACUGCACGCGGGAGCGGAAGCCGUUCAAGGCGCAGUACAUGCUCGUCGUUCACAUGAGAAGACACACGGGGGAGAAGCCUCAUAAAUGCACCUUUGAGGGCUGCUUUAAAGCUUAUUCCCGGCUGGAGAACCUAAAGACGCACUUACGCUCACACACCGGCGAGAAGCCCUACGUCUGCGAGCACGAGGGGUGCAAUAAGGCGUUCUCCAACGCUUCGGACCGCGCCAAGCACCAGAACCGGACCCAUUCCAACGAGAAGCCGUAUAUCUGUAAAAUCCCCGGCUGCACGAAGCGGUACACGGACCCCAGCUCUCUCAGGAAACACGUUAAAACCGUACACGGCCCGGAAGCGCAUGUCACGAAGAAGCAGCGCAAUGACAUCAUAUCCAGACCCGGCCCCAAGGAAAACGGGGACAGCGAAGCCGGCACCAACCACAGGAUCCAUGGAGAUCAAUCGGACGCAAACGGCGGCUCCAGAGCCCAGGGGGAUGCGUUCCACGGCAGAACCAUAAAGACCGAGGACAGCAUGCUCCACCAGUCCAGCCCCGGAGGCCAAUCGUCCUGCAGCAGCGAGCCGUCUCCGCUUGGCGGCUCCCACAAUCCUGACAGCGGAAUAGAGCUGCAUGGAGAGGGAGGCUUGGAAGACAUCUUUGGUCUGGAGGACGCCAGCCCCGUGGUGGAUUCCACCGUCUCCUGUGGAAAUGCCGGCGUCGGCCUUCAGCUCAGGAAACAUGGCGGCACCGCGGUGCAGAGGCUGGAGCAGCUCAAGAAAGAGAAACUCAAGACCGUGAAGGAAUCUUGCUCGUUCCUGAACCCGCCUGCCAGGAACACCAAGCUGCCGGCUAUCUCAGGAAACGGCCCUUUCAUUGAGAGCACCGGUGUCCCGAGCAGCCUGAUUCCCACCCACAGAAUCACGGAUUUUUCGAUGAACGACAUUACCGUCCUGAACCAGCUGAACGAGCGCCGCGACAGCACAACCAGCACGAUCAGCUCUGCCUACGCCAGCCGCAGGUCCUCCGGGAUCUCCCCGUAUUUUUCUAGCCGUCGCUCGAGUGAAGCCUCGCAGUUCGGCGGACGGCCAAACAACACCAGCUCUGCCGAUUCUUACGACCCGAUCUCCACCGAUGCGUCCAGAAGAUCGAGUGAUGCCAGCCAGCACAGCGGCCUGCCGGCCCUGCUCAACCUCACGCCGGCCCAGCAGUACCGGCUAAAGGCAAAGUAUGCGGCUGCAACCGGGGGCCCCCCGCCAACGCCUCUUCCCAACAUGGAAAGAAUGAGCUUGAGGAACAAGGUGUCCCUGCUGGAUGGACCCGACUUUGUGCCACCGCCAUUCAGGCAGACCGGAGGCCCGAGGAGAUGCAGCGAUGGAGGUGGGAAUCAUCUACACCCCAUGUAUCCUCACGAAAUUCCAGGGAACAGCUCCCGACGUGCUAGCGACCCGGUCAGGAGGGCUGGUGGACUCGAUAACCAGCUUCUCCCCAGGGCUCAGCGCUUCCACAGCAUGAAUGCCCUACAUCCACCACCAGCUAUGGAACGGAGGAACGGUGGACUUCAGCAGUACAACCGCUCUGACGGAAACCUUCACAGACAAGUCUAUUCUCCCCGGCCACCCAGCAUUAGCGAGAACGUCAUCAUGGAGGCCGUGUCAGCUGAUGUGGACGUUCCAGGUGGAGAUGACGACCUUGUUCUUCCAGAUGAUGUUCUUCAGUACCUCAGAUCUCAAAACCGAGGAGCACCAGAGCAGAAUCAGUCUUCGGAUUAUAAUAACCUCGCUCCGAAUUUCCAGGGCAACGUAAAGCCGUACAGUCAAAACGCGCAUGUCCAGAACAGGCUUCCCGGGGCUGACCCAAGCAGGGACUUCUCAAACUUUGGAGAAUGCUUAGGGCAGAAGAAUACCAUGCCGGUGCAGUGGAAUGAGGUCAGCUCAGGGACGGUGGAUGCGGCCGAGAUGCCAAAGCAGACGUUUAAUCAAAGCAAUUUAACGGUGAUGCCACAAAAGCAGAGCUUCGGCCAGUAUUCAAGCUUUGACCAGCAACCGGUCCAAGCGGCUCCGAACAAUCUGUCGGUGACCCAGCCGGGGUUUGUUCAGAGGAAUACCGGUACGAGCGAGCAGAGGUUUCAUCAUACGCAGCAAAGACAGCAGCAGAUACACCAGUACCAGAACGCCAACGUGGAUUUCAAUGCCCACCAGCGGUAUAAUCCCCCUCCGCACAUGCAGAACCCCAGGGGGGUAAAUGAGGGGCAGUGCCAGAUCGCGCCCUCGUGCAAUAACAUGGCGGAGAAGUCCGGUCUGCAAAUGAACCAUUUACAAAAUAACGCAUUAAGUCAUCACCAGGCGGCGCUGAACGGGAACCGGGAGACGGCGCACAGAAUAAAUCCUCAGAACUUUCUGUCCAAUAACUUCUGCCUGAACCGCGAGGCUCUGCACCCAGCAAACGCCUUCGCUGCCCAGAACCAGCAGAACGCGUUCGCCCCGCAGCAAAACAACGGGGCAGCUUCUGGGCAAGGGUUAAAUCACGGACUGUUUCAGCCGAGGCCCCCAGCUGCCCCUCGCCCCCCCGCCAGACCAAGAAGUAUCCACGCCGGACCUCAGGACGCUUACAUGCGGAGUCCGCACUCAGCGAAUGAGAUGAGUCCCGCUCAGCAAACGGCGGAGGCGACUCCAAAGCGAAGCAGUGAAGAGUCCGAGCCGCCGCCGCGCAUGAACGCCAAAGAGAACAGCUUGCUGUAUUACACGGGGCAAAUACAGAUGUACGAGCAGAACGCGGGUUUCGGAGCCGACUUGAACGCCUCGGGGCGGCCGGUGCAAGCGAUGCCAUCUCCGGGGGUUAAUCAGGUGACCAGCACGGUGGACUCGCACGGCCUGGAACCGCCUCCGGUCAUAGACUUUGAUGCGAUAAUGGAUGACGGAGACCAUUCGAGCCUCCUGUCUGGGACCCUGAGCCCCGGCCUCCUUCACAGCUUCUCUCAGAACUCGUCCCGCCUGACCACGCCGAGGAACUCGCUGACCCUUCCGUCCAUCCCAGCCGGCAUCAGCAAUAUGGCCAUCGGGGACAUGAGCUCCAUGCUGACCACGCUGGCCGAGGAAAACAAGUUCCUCAACAUGAUGGCGUAACUCAC